AUAACAUCAGCUGUGUGUGCCAAGAUGGCGGAUAGCCUGGCAGAGUUAGAAGACUCCAUGUACUCUGAGCAAGCCGGCGGCCACGGGAAAUGUGGAUUGAGGCGCUGCAGAGGACGACCGAGGCUGACAGACUCCGACAGAGCCAAGAGGCGGCUUGAGUCCCGUAAGAAGUACGACGUGAGACGGGUGUACCUGGGAGAGUCACACAAGCUGUGGAGUGAGCUCCGGAAGAGGACCAGUCUGAGUGAUGCUGGUCUUGCAGAGUAUCUGAUUCUGCUCAAUUCCACUUAUGGAGACAAAUGCCAGCAGGAAAACUGCAGUACCAGGAAGAAUAUAGCUUCAGAAGACUCUACAAAACAGAGAAAGAAAAAAGACAGGAAGGCCCGUGUGUCCAGCCUGCAGAGCCUGGUGUGUUGGUACCAGGAGCACUCCAUCUCCUGCCCUCAUGAGCCCCAGCUGAGAGCCCUGGAGCACCAGCACAACUCCUCCACCACUGCUAUCUGGCAAUGUGACUCAAACCACUCAUUUGUGCAAUACCUUUUCUCUCCUCCGAGGGAGUCAGGGGACUCUGAACAUGAGCAGGAAGUGAAUGGGGAUGGUUAUGAAGAGGAUGCAGCAAAAACAGACGUGCCUAUGGCUGCAGGCUUAGUGAGCAGGAGGAGAAAAAAGGAGGCUAACAGUCAUUUGAAAGACGUGGAAAAGAAUGUGGAUGAUUCCGAAUUGCAACUUGCCACCAUGAGCCCAUUAGAACAUGCUGCAGCUUUUAACCAUCCUCCUAGUAUGGAAGCUUCCUCCAAGGAUGUUCCACUUACAGGACAGCCUGCCUGGGAAAUGGAGAUGGUCAUGGAACCAGAGCAAAGCUCCCCUGCAGCACAAUUUCACUCUGCAUCCUCAGAGGACGAGGCAGAGGAGGCACAGGAUCUGAGGCAAGGCAGAGAUGAGGGAGAAGAAGAAGAAGAAGAAGAAGAGGAAGGAGAAGAAUUAAGGGCUUUACCCCAUGGUUAUGACUGUGCUGCUGAUACGGUGUCUUUGACUGAUAAACUGAAGAAGACCGAUGAGUGCUCGGUGCUAUCAAAGAGCUUUAGUGGCUCAGUCAGACUGGGUGCUCAGCCAGAGCUGCCAGUUCCUCCACCCGUACAACAGCAGAGCGAGCUGUUUGACCGGCAGACUCUGCAGACAAUGGUGACCAGCUGUGAGAUUCCUGACCAGAGGACGGCUUUGGAAGGCUCACAGCUAAUUAUCAUCACUGGCCCCAGUUAUGAGACCCUGACCUCAGAGGGCAUCCAGCUCAACAUGGGUGGUGGAAAUGUGGAGGAAGUCACCUGCACUGUGAUCGGGGGUGUCACCUACAACCCGGUUUGCGGGUCUGACUCAAAACUCAGAACGUCAGAGGAUGAAGACUUCAUGACAGGCUUGAGUGACAAACAGCUGCUGCAGCCUGCUGUGGAUGUUUUGGAGCUGGAUAGUGACAGAGGGCUGCAGCGUAGUUUUAGCAGUGUCAGGUCCAAGAGAAACAGGCGAGGCCCUGUCAUUGAGGCAGAUGGGAUGCUCAAGAUGUUCCACUGUCCCUAUGAGGGCUGCAGUCAAGUCUAUGUAGCUAUUAGCAGCUUUCAGAAUCAUGUCAACCUGGUUCACAGGAAAGGGAGAACAAAAGUUUGCCCCCAUCCAGGCUGUGGAAAAAAGUUCUACCUAUCAAACCACCUGCAGCGCCACAUGAUCAUCCACUCAGGGGUGAGAGAUUUCAUCUGUGAGACUUGUGGAAAAUCCUUUAAGCGUAAGAAUCACCUGGAGGUUCACAGGCGGACCCACACAGGAGAAACUCCACUUCAAUGUGAAAUCUGCGGCUACCAGUGUCGCCAGCGUGCAUCCUUGAAUUGGCACAUGAAGAAGCAUACUUCCGAGGCCCACUACAACUUCACCUGUGAGUUCUGCGAGAAGAGGUUUGAGAAGCUGGACAGUGUGAAAUUCCACAAGCUAAAGAGCCACCCGGACAAGCAGGCAACUUGAGACGUAUAGGACCUGGUGUUAGGAGCUAACAUCAGUCAGACGAACAAGAACUGGUUGGCCUUCAGAAACCAAAGGACCACCUCCAUUGAAGAGACAUAGUUUCCUUUUGCGGUGUGUGUCUUGCUUCUUGUGUCCAGGAGGAUAUGAACAUCACUCUGUGAACACACCAGCAGUUGAUAAAUGCAUACAUGGCAAUGUCUGACAGCAGUGCAGGACACCAGCUGUUUUAGAAUCAAGUGCCCAAACAUGCUUUUUACACAUUGUUUCUCUAUGGUGUCCAAUGACCUUUUGCCUAAACCCUCCUCCGAACACUGUUCUGUUGAGCUUUGGAUUUCCAUACAUGUUGAAGUAGGAUGCAAUGCAUAGAGAUACGCUCUCUUUGUAAAGACUCUUUUCAAACCAAAAAAACAAAAUCAUGAGCACAAAAAGAUAAAGAAUGGAUUAAACUAUAUUUACUUGCUCUGACACAAGAUAGAAGAACACCAUGGUCAACUAGCUCACAUGUUAUUUCCAAUGGUAACAUCAUUUCAAACUACAUAGGCCUAAUGUAACAACUGUUACAAUAAGAUAGUCCUGUUUGUGAUCGCACGCCCGCUCUGUUGAAUUUCCCCACUGUGUGGGAGCUGGUCCACAAUGCUACAAGAGCAGCAUGGACUAACAUUGGUUCUCUGUUUUGCUCCUCGUGGGCUUCAGAAAAAGUUAGAUUCUGGCAAGCCCAGCUUCUUAUUAAAGAUAAUGCUAUGUACACAAAGACAGUGGUUAAUUUACAUCCUUACAUACAUACUGUUGAAAAUAAGACAUAAAUUAUAAAAUCUUGCUUGUAUGAGUGUGACAGCUAAAUAGCUUUUACAUUUGAGCAAAUCAGAGUCUUCUCACUCUUUCAUCAUUAAAGUGAAUCUAACUACAGCUCUAAACUCUCAAAAUGUAGAUUUAUCUUUUUUCUUUUCAUGCAAAUAGUGAUUUGAAGUUACUAUUAUUAUUUACUCCUAAUGAAGUGGGUCAUUUCAGAAAUAUUGAUGGUUAUUAGUAAAUGGUCAAGUAAACGGUCUUCAUAAAGUAUUAUCAAUUUAACAAAUCCAUUUUGAACACCAUGAAAACUGCUGUGCCUUGAUUUAAAAGGCUUGCAGUGUGAAUGCAGCCAGUGUAUUGUUGUAGUCCAUCUGUACACCAAAAUGAAAGAUGAUCUCUUAUUUCACUUCCCAUAUUUAGCCAGUGCUGUGGCUAAAUAUGAGAGGUUGGCCCUUCCGUUUCAGUCUCUUUAAAUUUGUGUUGCGUCUGUUGGAGAGCCGAGAGAGCUGCCUGGAUUUUACGUUUUCCACUAUCUGAGUCCUGACUCACAGGCCCAGAUAAAAAACAAAAAAGUCCUGUGAGUUUCAUGUGACAAUUUCUCAGGAAAGCUCAUUUAAGUUCUUCUCGUGUCCCUUGCUGUGUUGUUCUGGUGGGUGUUUUAGUUUUAGGCAAAUGCACUUUUUUCUUUCUCCUGUCACCUCCGUUUACUGAUGACUCAAGUAUGUGAAAAUGACUCAUAUUUGUAUUGUAUAGAUUUUCUAAAGGACAUUUGUUUGAUAUGAAUGAUUAAUAAUAUGCAGCGUGUACUUGAGUCUUGCAUAACUUAAGGAUGUGUGCUUGUGACAAAGUGUGGGUGUGCAUAAUUAGUAAGAAAAGGCAUGAAAAGCAUAAGUGUCAUGACACACAGUCAUUGAAUGACUUCACAGAUACGGCACCCUUUCAAAGUGUUGGACGUUAAAAUGGUUUCUGAAUGUUUGUAUAAAGGUUUGGCUUGGAGAGAAAACAGAUAGUUUGACUUCAGGCUACAAAGAAAUGAUAACAGCUAUUUAUAUAAAAUUUGUAUGUUUUGAUUUUUUUUACGAUGACCCUUUCCAUGCCUAUUCAUAGAAGCUAUAAUUAAAAUGUUAUUGCUCCAAAU